AUGCCCGACGAAGAACUUCAUGGCCUUAACGCCCUGUACCGUCUCUACCGCUGCCGGGAAGGGUGGGUGUUCCUGGGUUGUCUGUUCCAGGACGAGUGGGAAACAUUCUGCCGCACUGUGCAACGGGGAGAGCUCCUGGCCGAUCCCCGCUUCUCUACUCGAGAGGCGCGACAGGCCAAUGACGAAGCCCUGAUUGCCGAGAUCUCGGCAAUCCUUGCCGGGCGUACCGCUGCCGAAUGGGAAGAGUUGCUAAUCAAGGCGGACAUCGGUUGUGUCCGGGCCGAUGAAGCUCUGGAAGGAGAGUUUUACGCGGACCAUCCCCACGCCAGGGCGAAUGCUCUGAGCGUUGAGGUGGAGCACCCGUAUGUCGGAAAGUACCUCCGUUACGGCGGGUUGGUCGAAUUGUCCCUGACUCCGGGACUCUACCGGACCUCCAUCCAAAUUGGCCAGCACACCAAGCCCCUGCUGCGGGAAAUCGGGUACGACGACCAGGAGAUCGAGGACUUUGGAACGCGGGGAAUCGUCCAAUGGGCGGACCCCUCGGUGGGUGGGGAGCCGUAG